GCCGAAGUGAAAUCAGUGUUGUGGUGUGAAUAUCGAGAUGAUACACCUGUCAGCAAGCAACUGGCAGUGAAAUCAGCAGCCUCAGACCCUUGUGAAAAUUAAGCAAGCCAUAUCCUAGCUCGCUGUAUCUGUUGACCCAUUCUACGCCGAGAAUUUUCUUCGCUAGUCGACAGAGACGUCCACUGACCAACCACCCUCUCAGGGUCCUCUCUUGAAUCAGGAGCUUCUGCUGCUUCAAGCAUACCUGAGUACCGGACAGGGACAGGACAGGGCAGUGCUCCAACGAAUUGAAGAGCGUCAGCGAGCACAUCCAUCUAUUUCCAUGGCGAUGAACCCGCUCUUCACCGUGACGUUCGACCUCAAGAGCAGUGAGACCUACGGCAGCUUCAUCGACGACCUCCGCCGAAGGUUUGGCAAACGGGGCCACUUCUCCCACAACCGCCCCGUCCUCCCGCCGUUCGACGAAACCGUGCCGCCGCGCUGGUGGUUCCACGUCGUGCUCCGGACGACGCAGACAACCACCCUCACGCUCGCCAUCCGCGCCGACAACCUCUACCUGGAGGGCUUCCGGAGCAGCGACAACACGUGGUGGGAGCUCACCCAGGGGUUCAUCCCGGGAGCCACGUACAUGGGGUUCGGCGGAUCCUACAGCGACCUCCUCGGCGAGACGGACGCGAUGGUCCGGGUCGAGCUCGGCCCGCAGCAGAUGACGGAGGCCGUGAACGUGCUCGCCGGACGCCGCAGGGCCGACAAGGGCUCCGAGGCGAAGCAGAAGCAGGCGGGGAAGAUGCUGGCGACGCUGCUGCUCAUGGUCAACGAGGCCACGCGUUUCGUGACCGUGUCGGCGUUCGUGGCCGGCCUGAUGCACCCCAAGGUCGCCGGGACGAAGAGCGGCGUGAUCACGGCGCUGAUGAAGGAGCAGGUGAACGGGUGGAGCGACCUGUCCGCCGCGCUGCUGAGGACGGACGCGCGGCCGCCGGUUGGGUUCGUGGGGGAGAAAGGCGGGCUGACGAAGGCCAAGGCGGAGAAGAUGGGCGUGGACACGGAGGAGAAGGCGGCCAACACGGUGGGGGUCGUGCUCUUCGCCGAGGACAAGACGGUGAAGGGCAUGGUGACGGGAGCCAAGGCGCUGCAGCUGUUCCCUGUGGGGCGGCUAGCUGAUCAGUAGCUUGACGCAUGGAUGCAGAGAGAAUAACAGUGAGAUCGCUUUCAGUGGUCGAUGUUAAAUCGCUAGUAAUUGCAAUAAGCACUCCGUCGUGACUACUACUAUAAGUACCCUGCGUGUAAUGGCUUGACCUCUUGCAUCGAGUUGAUGCAAGGUAAAGACUGGUAUCUUUCUUUUUUUAUCUAAACUAGCGUGGUGUCCCGCGCAAGCAAUAAGCAUUCUGUCGUGACUACUACUACGUACCCUCCGUGUAAUGACUUGACCUCUUGCAUCGAGUUGAUGCAAGGUAAAGACCGGUAUCUUUCUUUUUUA